CCCGAGGGGCUGCCGAGCCGCGGCGGCGGAAGGGGCGGUCUGGGGGCGGAACGGGGCGUGGGCGCGAAGCUGGGACCGCUGCACCCGGGGUCCGUGGCUGCAGCGAGGCCGAGACCAUGUCUGCGGGCGGGAGCUGCGGCCAGACGCCGAGCCGGGCCAUCCCGGCCACCCGUCGGGUGGUGCUCAGCGACGGUGCGCAGCUGCCGCCUGGGGAUUACAGCACCACUCCGGGAGGCACGCUCUUCAGCACCACCCCCGGAGGCACCAGGAUCAUCUAUGACCGAAAAUUUUUGAUGGAAUGUCGUAACUCUCCUGUGGCCAAAACACCACCUCGGGAUCUGCCCACCAUUCCUGGGGUCACCAGCCCCCCUGGUGAUGAACCUGCUACUGAAAUGAACCCGAACCACCUACCCAACAGCCAUGAGGACAAGCCAGGAAGCCAUGAGGAAUCACAGUUUGAGAUGGACAUUUAAAGGGCCGGCCACCGGAAUUGAGCAGUGGCCCCCAAGACCCACGGAUCCCGUUCAGGGGAGGAGACACACCGGUCAAGCCUUAUAGGAGUUUUUUUCCAGAGCCGAUGCCAGGGAUGGGGCUAGAUGUCCCACUCUGUCCUCCCACAGUGGAGCAGCUCCCCCCUCCCCAGAGCCAACACCAGCAGAUACUUCCAGUAAUGGGAGGAGCUGCCCUUCCCAAGGGAAUUGCUACAGAAAUCGACCCCCUGCUGCAGAGGGACAAAAUCAGGGGCAGGAGGAGCCUUUGUGAACUUGUCUAGUUCUUCAGGUCUCAUCCUGAAUGGAUGUGUCUACCCCUUUCAAGUUUGUGCCCUGUGGCCCACACACAAGGUCACAGGAAUGUGCCCUCUAGAGAGGAAAUAAAAUCUGGUCGGCCAAUUCUAGACCUAGGGCCGAGAGCGGA